AUUAUAGCUUUUAAUUUCACAUAAUUAUAACCUUGGAUGUCUGAUCUGACUCUGUGCCACAGCCUAUGAUUGUGCCUCGUAUGCGCUCCUUACAACCUCACUGUUGUGUGUCUGUAUUUACGUUUUAGAUGGUCCCGAUCUCUGCUAUGUCAUGUUGAUGAUUUGGCAACUUUUGUCUCUUUGAUCGCAUUAUGUGUGCCUGGUAAUUUUGCUUUUGCAGGACUCUCUGAUAGGCAAAGUGAAGGAUGAUUUUGCAUGGACGCUUCUCUAACUUUGAAUAGAGGACACUGAGUGAUGUUCCCUUUUAGUUGUGAUAUAACGUUGCCCUUUAAAUGCAAGUUGCAUCAAUGUGAGUGCCAACCCUUGGUUGUGUCAAUGCGGAUCUCAGGCUGUGCCCCUCUGUGCGCUAUAAUUAGAUCUCUUGCUUUAUUAUUCCUGUAUGGUCUGUUCGGUAAAUCAACUGUAUAAACUACCGUCUUGUCACUGUGCCGACUGACAUGUUUAUUCUAAGUAUAAUGAGGGAUAUUUGCGGUAUAAUAAAGUGGACCUGGUGCGUCAUUCUCCGCUGCGUAAAAACGGCCAAGUGCGCAUUUAUGAAAGUCAUUUUUAUUUUUCAAACACAAACUGCGUAUACUUGUGUGAGAGUGCGUGGGUCAAGGUAGACCUGGGUUUUAACCUUGCUGAAGGACAGCUGUAUUUACUGACGUAUGUAAAUGAGAGUAGGGGAGGUCCUUGGGCGAAGAACACACUGAAUCAGUUUCACAUUGCAGCUCCGGAGUUCCUGCGUGGAAGGAAAAAGCGAGACGUGGCGAAAUCUGCUCAGCAAACCAUGCAGGAUGAUUUACUGAUGGACAAAAACAAAGCCCAGCCUCACCAUCAGCAAGAUCCGACGCAAGUAGACCCUCCUCCCUCCACCCCGACCCCGUCAUCGGAGCCCACUUCUUCUUCAUCGGAGUCGGAGAGCCCGUCGACCGGGUGCAACCAAGCGGCUUCAGCGCUGAGCGUCAGCAGCAGGGACAAAGUGCCGAUGGAGUCGCCGAUCCUGCCCGGGUUGAGCUUCCACCAGCAGCCGCAGGAGACCGGCGGGCCCCUCUCCUCCCCGUCCUCCUCGUUCGGGAGCACUUGGUCCACGGGAACCACAAACGCCGUGGACGAUAGCUUUUUCCAGGGAAUACCGUCGGUGAACGGCACGAUGCUUUUCCAGAACUUCCCCCACCAUGUCAACCCGGUGUUCGGGGGUAAUUUCUCCCCGCAGAUCGGCCUGGCUCCGCAGUCCCAACAGCAUCAGCAGCAAGCCCCGCAGCAGCAGCAGCAGCAGCAGCAGCAGCCCCAGCCCCAGCAGAGGAGGUCUCCUGUCAGCCCCAGCCAAGGCCCGUUCCCCCAGAGAAACGCUUAUCAGACGGUCAUGAAUAACAGCAAGGGGUCGUCCUCUCCUGCCUCGUCGUCCGCUUGGAAUAAUCACCAAAACGCCGCCUGGAGCACGGCCUCCAACCCCUGGAGCGGGCUGCAGGCGGGCAGGGACCCGCGCAGAGCGGUGGGCGUCGGGGUAGGGGUCGGCGUCGGAGUCGGGGUGCCAUCACCUAUGAACCCCAUCUCCCCCAUGAAAAAGCCCUACUCCAGCAACGUUAUAGCACCCCCCAAAUUCCCAAGACCCGGUCCCCUCACCCCCAAGCCCUGGAUGGAGGACAGCGCCUUCAGGACUGACAACAGCAACAACAUACUGCCUUUCCAGGACCGGAAUCGGCCCUUUGAUGCUUUUAGCUUGCACUCUUUGGAGAAUUCCUUAAUGGAUAUGAUAAGAACUGACCAUGACAAAGGUAAACCACACCCUGCCGGUGGCCCACCAAUGACUAUCGCUGAUAUUAUAUGGAGGAAUCAUUUUGCAGGACGUAUGGGCCUCAACUUUCAUCAUCCUGGAGCAGACCACAUAAUGCCAUUGAACACCCGGAGCUAUGGCCGUAGAAGAGGUCGUUCUUGCCUUUUCCCCUUUGAAGAUGGUUUCCUCGACGAUGGCCACGGUGACCCCUCCUUGACCCCGGGCCUGAACUCGCCGACCCGCUGUCAGAACGGAGAGCGGAUGGAGCGCUACUCCAGGAAGGUCUUUGUUGGAGGACUUCCACCCGACAUAGAUGAAGAUGAAAUCACCAACAGUUUCCGUCGCUACGGGCACCUGGUGGUCGACUGGCCCCACAAAGCUGAAAGCAAAUCCUACUUCCCACCUAAAGGCUAUGCCUUCCUGCUGUUCCAGGAAGAGACCUCUGUUCAGGCCCUAAUUGACGCCUGCAUCGAGGAGGAUGGCAAACUGUACCUGUGCGUGUCCAGUCCCACCAUCAAAGACAAACCGGUCCAGAUCCGUCCCUGGAACCUGAGCGACAGUGACUUUGUCAUGGAUGGCUCCCAGCCUCUGGACCCCCGCAAGACCAUCUUUGUCGGUGGAGUGCCGCGGCCCCUGCGUGCAGUGGAGCUAGCUAUGAUCAUGGACCGGCUGUACGGCGGCGUCUGCUACGCCGGCAUCGACACCGACCCGGAGCUGAAAUACCCGAAGGGAGCCGGCCGCGUCGCCUUCUCCAAUCAGCAGAGCUACAUCGCUGCCAUCAGCGCUCGCUUCGUUCAGCUGCAGCACAAUGACAUCGACAAAAGGGUGGAGGUGAAGCCUUACGUCCUGGAUGACCAGAUGUGCGACGAGUGCCAGGGGGCGCGCUGCGGGGGGAAGUUCGCCCCCUUCUUCUGUGCCAACGUCACCUGCCUGCAGUACUACUGUGAGUACUGCUGGGCCAGCAUCCACUCGCGAGCCGGCCGAGAGUUUCACAAGCCACUGGUGAAGGAAGGGGGGGACCGCCCUCGACACGUGUCCUUCCGCUGGAGCUGAGGGGGUUCAUGAGUCAACCCUGCCCCAGUGAACCCACACCUGACCCCCCCCUAAAAAAAAAAAAAAAAGGCCUCCUGCUAUCCCACAGCCUGGGACAGUACUGCAACACCCCCUCCAACAAUACACAGCCCCAUCUACUCCACCCUGCUCCCCACAAACACCUCAUGAAAAAAAGGAUACCACCAAACACACGGGACUGUCUUCAUGCCUCGCGGCUCUGAACUCAUCGCCUGGUGUUCCCCUCUGAUGAAACUUUGUGGGGGAAAAGAAAAGCGAAAGUCUAUCAGCGUAGAAUUUGCACUUUGGCACAAGAUUUCACUAAACACACACACAACACACACACACACACACACACACACACACACACAC